AUGCAACGUCCUAUUUCUACCCCUUGGCAAGCAGAUGUGGAUGCACCUGAAUCGCUAGCAAGCUCUAUGAUACACACAACGGAUCCACAGUCGGAUGGUCCAACACUGGAGGCUCAGCCCACAGACGUCACGGACGUCUCUCAGCAACCGCCGACGCGACUUGAUCCUGAGACCGCCCCUGAAGAUAUCCACUCAGAACAGCAUAGUCCUAACCUAUGGUCAAUACUGAACUCUUGGGCAACCCGUAUACGCGAUGUUCUUACGCCGUCUAUGGAGCCCACAGAAUUCGAUGCUUCUUCAGCUUCUCCCUCUGACACCAGCCCUACUCCGACUUCUGCCGAGGAGCAGAGUCAUACCACAGACCCACCUCUCGAGGCAAAUACCCAGGAUGACUCUGAAAGCGCAACACCUGCACCGGCAUCCAUUGGUGCCACGAACACGGUGCCAAUGCCUACGCCUCCACGGCCUUCCGAGUCGGCUGACAAUACCAACCGUGCCACUUCCACCGCAGAUGAGCAAGGUGGAACGAACCGAGGCUCUCAUUUCCUACUUUUCAUUCCACCUGAAGCCUCUCCAUUUCCUUUCGGAUUCCUGUACGAUGCUAGCACAAGCAUGGCAUGGCCCGUCCUCGAUCGUGUCCAGCAACCUGCGCCAGACGACCCCACUGAUACUCAGCGAAAUGUCCACAUUGCAGGCCUUCCAUUCCACUUGACAUUCGCGAUGCGCCCCAGUCAGCGGGACGAAGAGCCUGACCAGGAAAAGGCCAAGAAGUACGUCAAAUCACUAGAGCGAGUGGACAGCGAACUGCGCGGUCGGAUGGGCUACUUUGGUCUGAGUGAUAUCAGUAUCUAUGGUAUCGCUGCUGAAGAUACGGAGGCUAAAACUGUUACAGGCUGUGUCUAUUCGUGA